CGUUUUGGACGACUCUUGUGUCGUGUCAGAGGGAAGAUGUCGGACUCUGAUAACGAGGGCGGAGUACCUCUAAUCGAACCGCAGUUCUCAGGUGCGAAGAAGCGGAAACGCAACAAUGACUCUGAAGCACGAAAGGAAAAGAAGCGUCGGAGAAACAAGAAGCCAAAUGACAUCCACGAGGAUGACCUGGACGAAGAGCUCGGCGUCAACCUAGCGAUCGGCAGAAUGGACGGUGACUUGAUGGUGAACUAUGUUGCGAGACGUACGAAGAAGUUUGAGCCAGAUUUGAGCCCCGUGGAGUUAGACGAGCUCUACCUGCCCGCAAAGUCAGUACGAGACACAAGCUCGUGGGACAAGCCGCGGACGCUGGACAACCUGCCGAGUUUCGUGCGUGAGUUUGCCGACAAGGACGAGAAUCUUGAGUUGGCGAAACAAGAUCCAGGCUGCCCGCACACCAUUGUUGUUGCAGCAGCUGGGAUCCGCGCCGCGGACCUGACGCGUGCGCUACGGGUUUUCCAGUCCAAGAAGGAGAGUGGAGGAAAGGUCACCAAGCUUUUUGCGAAACACAUCAAGCUCAAAGAGGCCAUCGAAGAAUGCCGAAAAACACGAAUUUCUCUAGGUGUUGGAACUCCGCAGCGCAUUCACGACUUGCUUGAAGAUGGUGCUUUGUCCGCAAAACACUUGAAGCGCAUCAUCAUUGAUGCCAGCUACAUCGAUCAGAAAAAGCGCGGUAUUCUAGAUAUGAAGGAGACAGAGAUACCGCUCGUGAAACUGUUGACGAGGAAAGAUUUACGAGAGAGGUAUGAAGAUGCUACCUCACCAGUCAAGCUGUUGUUCUAUUGAAGCAUGGAUCAAACAUAUUUUUGUUUUGGCCUAAAUCAGGUUCACGCUUUUUUAUUUGUAUAGAAUUGUAUCCACAUUUGUGCGAAUUAAAAAAUUGCCAGAUGUUGACCCCACGAAGACCGUCGUCCAAAAUUGAG